AUGUCAUCCUUUCCUAACAUCACUUCAACUUCUCUAUUCUUUUUCCUGACGGGAAAAUCUCCAGGUCUUGAAGCUACCCACACCUGGACCUUCAUCCUCUUCUGCUAUCUGUACAUGACUUCCCUCUCUGGGAAUGCUUUAAUCCCGUUUUUCACCAUCACCAAGUCAAGUCUCCAUGCACCUAUGUACUAUUUCCUCUCUAUGCUCUCAACCACUGACUUGGGCUUGUAUAUUUCAACGCUGGUCACUAUGUUUGGUAUAUUCUGGUUCAGUGCAAGACAAAUCAGUUUCCAUGCCUGUGUUGCCCAGACAUUCUUCAUUCAACUCUUUACCAUCAUGGAGUCCUCAGUGCUCCUGGCAAUGGCCUUUGACCACUUCAUUGCCAUUUGUAACCCACUGAGCUAUGUUGCCAACUUAACUGAUUCCAGAAUUGUCAAAGUAUGGUUUGCCGUCCUUGUCAGGGUAACAGUGAUCCUAGUGCCUCUGGUCCUACUUCUUAAAUGUUUAUCCUUCUGCCAAAGCCAUGUGCUUCCUCAUUCUUAUUGUUUCCAUCUUGAUAUAAUGGCUUCAUGUUCUGACAAUAAGAUCAACAGUGUUUUAGGACUUACUGCCCUUGUAGUUACUGUGGGAGUGGACUCCACCUUUAUUUUUCUCUCCUAUAUUCUGAUUAUUAAGACUACCCUAAACAUUGCUUCCCUAGAGGACUGGCAUAAAGCCUUUAGCACUUGUAUUUCCCACAUAGGUGCUGUGGCCAUCUUCUACAUUCCUCUCAUUAGCUUGUGCUUUGUCCAUAGGUUUGGGAAAAAGGCGCCUCCUUAUGUUCACAUUCUUAUGGUUAAUGUGUGUUUGCUUCUUCCACCAGUGAUGAAUCCUAUUAUUUACAGUGUAAAAACCAAGCAGAUCCGUAGGGCCAUUAAAAAAGUCCUCUUUCCCAAGUGA